UGGGCCUCUCGGUGGGCCGUCGGGGUCCGUGGGGCUCUGCACCUUUGGCUCGUCUACUGCCUGCUGUUUAGGCUGGAGGAAUGUCAUGGGUGUCUGCCAGCCUGUGUGCAACAAGCCUUGCAGGAAUGGACUCUGUGUGGGUCCAGACAAGUGCUCCUGCUCUGUGGGAUACAAGGGCCAGAAAUGUGACCAAGAUGUGAAUGAGUGUGGACUCCCAGAGCGACCGUGCUCCAACAGCUGUAUGAACACCCAGGGUAGUUACCGGUGUUACUGCGACCCCGGAUACUACCUCAUGACAGAUGGAUCAACCUGUACCAAAGAGCCUGAGUGCUCCUCCGCACGCUGCCAGUUCGGUUGCCAGAUCGACCGGUGGGGAGAGGUGCGCUGUCUGUGUGCCACCGGCCUCCACCUGGCCGCCGACAACAGGACCUGUGAAGAUGUGGACGAGUGUCGCGGGGCGUCAGAUGUUUGCCCUCCCCAGCGCACUUGCAAGAACACCUUUGGCAGCUUUGUGUGUGUGUGCAGGGAGGGCUUUGUGUUGGGGACGCUCCAGGACUCAGUGCAGUGUCGAGAUAAGGACGAGUGUCUGGACAGUACUCACCUGUGUAGCCGUCAUUCCCAGUGUUUCAACACCUCUGGUUCCUACACCUGUCAGUGUCUGGAGGACUACUCUGGCGACGGCCACACGUGCUGGCCGAGGAGAGCCUCCCAGUCCAAGACCUCCAUGUACCUCCGGUACAAACUCUCCAAAAGAACCAGGCCCAUACAACAACUACGACGUCCGCAGCUCUGACGGUGCCUCUGGUUCUGACUGAUAACACUGUUGUGAAGUAGUUACUGGCGGACAUUUUGGGUCGAGCCGUGUUGAAGCAGCACAUGGGAGGAAAAUAGAUUUGUGUUGAAGCAGCUUCAUAGGACAAUUCAUGAGGUAGAUGUGGGGUAAAUUGAGGUGGAGUUCAGCUAUCACAACAUAGUUAAAGCUGAGUAAUGCUAAGAAUUCCUCACACAACUGGAAAGUGUGGUAACGGUCUGUUUUAGCCUAUCAUUUGCCAGGCCUCUCUUCAGUUAGUCAACAAAGAUCCUAGAUUGCUACACGGUGCCAUUAGUGGUCUGCUGUUUGUUGUCAGUCAAAGAAGCCACUCAUUUGACAAACACAUCCGUCAAGGAACCACACUCUGUAGUCUGCCUGCCAUGCUUCAGACUCAAAACGCUCUGUGAUGACAUGGAAUUUUCCUUUGUUUAAGUUUCCCAGCUUAUUGUCUCCAAAAAGGUCACGGUUAAGAACAAGUUUCACACGCACUGCCAUACUGCUAUUUUGGCAUUUGUAACUAAUUUCACAAUACAUAUGUUGUCAGCAUAAAGGAUCUUGAUAGGGACUUCAUGUAGUGAGUAGUUUUCUGACAGGCCAGUGGGUGUACACGAGGGGCUAUUAGUCCGUAGGGACUAGUCUUUGAGAGGAGUGUAUACGUCAUUAUUUGUUAAUAAAAGGCUGACCUCUGGUGGAAAGAUAAGGGAGGAUAUUUCAGCGUCACCCUGACUUCUCCAUAGAUGGGAUCAUAGAUAGCAGCAUCACCCUGACAUAUCCAUAGAUGGGAUCAUAGAUAGCAGCAUCUCCCUGACUUCUCCAUAGAUGGGAUCAUAGAUAGCAGCAUCUCCCUGACUUAUCCAUAGAUGGAAUCAUAGAUAGCAGCAUCUCCCUGACUUCUCCAUAGAUAGCAGCAUCUCCCUGACUUCUCCAUAGAAGGGAUCAUAGAUAUCAGCAUCUCCCUGACUUCUCCAUAGAAGGGAUCAUAGAUAGGCUACAUAACCGAAAGCUGUUGAAAUGCAUGUAUUUGUUGAGUCGUGUUAAUUAAUUAAGGCACUUUGAGAGAUCGUCUGUUUGAUGAUGUAAAAUGUCUGGAAUAACGGUAUAAUUGUUGAAUGGGGACCAACCAAUACAGUUUGUUGUUAUUA